UUUAGAAAUCAAGGGCUUAUGAGUAAGUCAGGCUCCCAGAAAGACCCCUUUCUACCUGAACAUCCCACAUCUGCACCAGAGAAAACAGAGAAUUCUAGUGCCUGGGAAGGAGCGCCCAGCAGGGAAUUCCUAGCUUUAAAGCCUUAAUGUGAUCACUGUGGAAAGCUUGUACCAAGCACUCCUGCCUCGUGAAUCACCAGCACACACACACAGGCUUAAGAUCAAAAGCGUCUGUUAACUGCUCCUUGGACUUCUCCCAGAAAGAGGCAAGUUGAGGGACCUGGCCAGUUGGAGAGGCCACAGCUUGACAGGAUGAGACAUCCAGGUCCAGAUCUGCACCCGAACAGCUGGGGCCAUGAGGAGGUCAUUGCCAGUCUCCAGGACAAAGUCUGUGCCUGCCCUGAGGCUGGGGACUUCAGUGUCUCUCUGUGGUGCUUGGUGCCAUCUCCGGGCUCUGCCAGGAGGAAGUCCCAAAGACCUUGCACAUCCAGAACUGCCUGCGACAAGGACCCCCAGUGUGGUCGAGGCAUGUGCUGUGCUGUUAGUAUCUGGGUUAAGAGCAUAAGGAUUUGCACACCUAUGGGCAAAGUGGGAGACAGCUGCCAUCCACAGACUCGAAAAAACCAUUUUGGAAAUGGAAGGCAGGAACGAAGAAAGAGGAAGAGAAGAAAAAGGAAAAAGGAGGUUCCAUUUUUUGGGCGGAGAAUGCAUCACACGUGUCCCUGUAUGCCAGGCUUGGCCUGCUUACGGACUUCAUUUAAGCAAUUUAUUUGUUUAGCCCGAAAGUAAUCACAUUAGAGUAGAAACUUUAAAUGUGAACAGCCACAUGAUGUCUGUAAAGUCUUAACUUGUGAUUGUGCCAGAUAAAAAUAUGCCAGAAAGACAUUCUCUUGCAUCCUCCACUUUCCAAGAGGCAUUUUUAUCUUUGAUUUUUUAAAUGAUUUUUUUCUAUUGAAAGGGAAUUUUAAUUUUGGAUAGAAGUAUAAAGUAUAGAGCAUUAUGGAACUGGUUCUCAUUUCCUUGUUUGUAUUUUGGUUUGGUUUGGCUUUUUUAAUUGCGGUAACUCACCCACUUUCACAAAAGUGAGGAGAAUAAGAAUUGACAUUUGGUUAGAGAUGGUUUUUUCUUAUAACUCCUUCUGUCCCUGCCCCACAAAGAGACACAUACACCUUUUGGUCUUUUGUCUCUUAGUCCUGAAGAAUUGUAAAGCCUUCGCUUUUUUUUCUCUUCCGUUUCCUUCCCUGCCCUUUGUCAUUUUAGAGAGGAAAGGCUGGAUCCUGUAGUUUGCUGGGAAAAUCACUGGUUCAAACUGAACUAUAUGCCUGAUAUGUCUAACAGUGGCAAGAGGGUGUAGCUGAACUGGAUUCUCCCAGCUUCUCAUGUGGAGGGCGGGUUCUAGAGCUCUGCUAUUUGUUGUAAGGACAGAAGGACUAAAAUGCCAAAUUAUCUUAGUCCAAAUUUCUAGAUUUGAGGCUUUAUUUAAAUAAGACAUCUUUUCCAGUGCAGUGAGUUUUUUCUUUCUCUUUUUCAUGAAAUUUAUUUGUUUUAAA